UUAAUAUACUGCUCUGUCUAACACCACUGACUCAUUUGCUUUAUUAUUAUCCAGUAGAUAAGUAGCCAAAUUGUCAUUUAUCUCAUGUCAACCCUCAGAUCACCACUCCAUGCUGUUUGAUGACUGAAAAUGAAGCCAAAGUUCAACCUCAACAGUCUUUAUUUAACUACACACAGCAGAACAUACAGAGAUGAUUAUCAGAGUGACAGAUAACAUCAGAUAAAGUCAGCAUAAAGCCAGUGCCAGCCAGGACACCCACUCACACAGACUGCAGAGCAGGUAGAUACAGAAUGAAGGUUUUGCUCACUGUCGCCACUCUGGUGGUCCUGGCUGGUGAAGCCAGUGCAUCUCUAGAGGAUCUGGAGUUUGACACCUGGAAACAAAAGUUUGGUAAGAGUUAUGGUUCAGUGGAAGAAGAGUCUCAGCGUAAGAUGAUCUGGCUGGACAAUCGUAAGCUGAUCCUGGAACACAACAUGCUGGCUGACCAGGGCAUCAAAAGCUACAGACUCGGCAUGAACCGCUUUGCAGACAUGGACAAUCAGGAGUACCAGCAGAUGUUUAUGGGCUGCCUGGGAUCCUUCAACGAGUCUGAGAUCGAGAGUGAAACUACAUUCCUCCAACCGGUAGAGGGUGCUGUUCAGACCAAGACUGUGGAUUGGAGGGCUAAGGGCUACGUGACCAGAGUUAAGGACCAAAGUCACUGUGGCUCCUGCUGGGCCUUCAGUGCGACGGGGGCACUAGAGGCUCAGAUGUUCAAGAAGAAAAGGAAGCUGGUACGCUUAAGUGAACAACAGCUGGUGGACUGCUCCCAGAGUUUUGGAAACUUUGGCUGUCAAGGUGGUUGGCCGCACUGGGCCUUCCAGUACAUCAAGAACAGUGGAGGCCUGGAGACAGAGUACACUUAUCCAUACCAGGCCAAGGAAGGGCAGUGCAGGUUUCAAAAACAGAGAGCUUGGGCCAAGUGCUCCAACUAUAAAAAGGUGUCGUCCACAGAAGACGCUCUGAAGAACGCUGUGGCCACAAUCGGACCCAUUUCUGUAGCUAUAGAUGUCUCUCAUCACAGCUUCCAGUUGUACAAGUCAGGUGUGUAUGAUGAGCCAGCCUGCAGCAGCACUAAGGUAAAUCACGCUGUCCUGGUUGUUGGUUACGGCACUGACGAACGUAGAAAGGACUACUGGCUGGUCAAGAACAGCUGGGGUACUGGGUGGGGUAAUAAAGGCUACAUUAAGAUGUCCAGGAACAAGAGGAACCAGUGUGGUAUUGCCUCACAUGCCGUCUACCCUGUGGUUUAAAGACUGGAGAGAGACUCAAUCUUGAAAACCUCAAGAAGGAAGUUCUUUUAUUUUUUUUAUUUUAUUUUCCUUUUCCUCUGAUUACUUUCCUUUCUUUUUUCACUUCUUUCAGAGCAGAUUAAGCAUUAAACUUUCUUAAAAUACAAAUGAAUCUCAAUGUGAAAUACUGUUUCUGACUGCUCAAAACAUAAUAAACUCUCAGCAUUCACAAAAUCUA